AUGCGGACAGCCUGGAGAAAUACGUGCGCUCCGCCGAGGUCGAGGCCGUGGCUACCCGGAUCAGGUCGGACUGUGACACACCCCGUGGCAAGGAGAAGGUGUGCCGGGCUUUCCGAGAUCUCAUGGAAGCAUCCAGUGCGAGCACGUUCAUGGUGCGCCUUGGGUCGUACACAGACGACGAGCUGA